UUAAGAAGCAAUAACCAAACAAAGCCAAGCAAAGCAGAGAGAAGAGACUUUGGUUCAAAGACUAAAAAAUGGCUGCAAAUGAAUUAGCUACUUCUUCAGCACAAGCCUUCCAAGAGCAAUCCCUUGGAGGUUUUGUCUCUAGAAAGCUUCUUCUGCACAAUCCAUUUGACCACAACACUCAACGAGCCUUUGCAGUUGCACCAUCUCCUCUCAUAACCCAUGAGAACAAUCUCAGUGGAAAUGUCCUGAUGCUUCUCUCAGUCCUCAUCUGUGGCAUCAUCUGUUGCCUCGGGUUACAUUACAUCAUUCGUUGUGCAUUCAGACGUACUUCAAGUUUCAUGAUCUCCGAGCCUAUCUCUGGUCUUUCAACACCAUGCGGUUCAUCAACCAAAGGAAUCAAGAAGAAAGCUCUUAGGAUGUUUCCAGUUGUGAGUUACUCACCUGAGAUGAACUUGCCGGGGCUUGGUGAAGAGUGUGUCAUUUGUUUGUCGGAUUUUGUUUCCGGUGAACAGAUCAGGAUGCUCCCUAAGUGCCACCAUGGGUUCCAUGUUCGUUGUAUUGACAAAUGGCUUCAACAACAUUUGACUUGUCCAAAAUGCAGACACUGUCUGGUUGAGACAUGCCAAAAGAUCUUAGGUGAAAACAGUCAAGCAGAUCAAGUGGCAGCAACACCAACAGAGAGCGUAAUUGUCAGGAUUGCUCCUUUAGAACCUGAAGGAAGAGUAAACACUUUAAGAGAAAGCAGCUAGAUGCCAUGAGAGGCAGAAACCAUCAAAAAUCAGAAUUUGUGAUUUAGUUAGAUAGGAGAUUUUUGAUAUGAGCAUAAUUCAUGUCUUCAGCUUUAGAAGGAUACAUCAUUUUUUUUUAACUCUUUCUUUUUUGCCUGUAGCACAAAGUGUAUACAGAUUACAGAAAGAAUAUAAUCUCACUUUUCCA